UCAAACAUGUCCAAGCCGACAACAAUUAAGGAUGCCCUGGCGCGCUGGGAGGAUCGUACCAAGAUGGAGGCCGUAACGGCCCUGGAUAUUGGCCUGCAAUUCCAGUAUCCACCCAUUGAGAAAAUGGAUGCGACUCUGAGUACCUUGGUGGAGUGCCAGAAGCUCAGUCUCUCCUCGAAUAUGAUUGAGAAAAUUGCUGGCAUAUCGGGCAUGAAGAAUUUACGUGUGCUCAGCCUCUCGCGCAAUUAUCUCAAAAAUCUGAAUGGCAUCGAGGCGCUGGCCGACACGCUGGAAGAGCUAUGGGUUAGCUACAACAAUAUCGAGAAAAUCAAACAGAUCGAGCUGAUGAAGGCCCUCAAGGUGUUCUACAUAUCGCACAAUCUGGUCAAGGAUUGGGCUGAGUUUGCGCGCAUUGGCGUGCCCCCGAAUCUAUCGGACAUAACUUUCAUUGGCAAUCCAUUGAACGAGAACAUGGAUCCGGCUGCAUUUGUAGCUGAGGCCAUACGCCGUUUGCCCAAUCUCAAGAAACUGGAUGGCGAGCCCGUCAUACGUUAGUUGGGAUGUUUUUUCAUUGAUUUUCAUUUUGUUGCAUGCACACACACAAAGAAGGCGAAAAAUAAAAGCAGCAAACAGCAGUAGAAGCAGUAGGAGCAGCAACAUCACCUGCCACGCCCACACUGUGAACAAUGAGCUAUGGCAGGUGAGCUAUUAGGUAUUUGUCUGCUGUAGCAGGCAUUGAUUUCUGCCCUCUGUUUACGUGUGUGCGUGUGUUUGCUAGAACAUUUUCUUUUCAAUUCAAU